ACACAAUGGCUGUUCUUUGCAUAAGAAUGCCUAAAACAACAAUUGGGGCAGUAGCCUCCUGCCCCUUUGUCUUAAGGCUGCAGGCAUAGGCAGGCCUUCCUUCAGAGAGUACAGGCGACGCAGGGUUAAUGCUCUGCAAUUUGCAGCCAGUCAGGGCGGAAGCUGGGUUCUCUCUCUCGCUCUCUCUCUCUGUUGCUUUAAGGACAGUUUCAUUCGGCCUUGGAGGAUGGGGGAAUAAAAGGAUGGCUCCUGCCUGCAAGAGCUGUACAAAGAUAAUCACUCAGGAAGUGGCUCAGCCAAUGGCCUGAAGCAUUACAUGUGGAUUCCCGAAAGCCUCCAAUCCUGCCCCAGCUUGCAACAGGGGAGUCUGAUCAUCAGGCUGAAGUGCCAAGCCCUUUCUGUCUGAGAACUGAGAGUCUGUCCUCCAUGUUUUAUAAGUAUUGACAUAUAACACUGUAACAAUGCAUCCACACAGGUAAGCCAGAGCUUGUCUUUUUUUGUAGUUUAUUCCCAUCUCUUGGACACUGUGCUUUUGCAGGUUGCAUUUCCGCGACUUCUCGGGCCAAAUUUGCUAAACCAGCAAGUGUUUUGAAUUUUGACUUUCUGGAGAGAUCACAUGGUUGGGUGCCAUUAGCCAGUGACUGCUGCUGGGGGUUCCAGGGGUACACUGCACAAUUAACUUUUUUCUUUUGUAAAGAGUGGUGGGUUUCUGCACAGCCCCCUUCACUCCCCUGUUCACCAAGGAAGAUCUCUGCAUUAUUGUGUAUUCCUGUGUCACAUGCUGCUCAGAGGAACAUGGAGGCUGCCUCAGCACAAGGCUUCAGCUAACGUACAGGCCACCAAGCAAAGCACACUUUAUUUACCCUCUAUCUAAAGGACAAGAGCCAGACUAACCCGGACUGUUACUUUUGAUACCGACUACAGGGACUCUCAGCACUCAUGCCUGACAUACGUCUGGGGCCUAGCUUUGGAUUUUUCAAAUACCACCAUAUCUGAAGCCUUCCUGCGGUUUACUUGGUGCCCUGUGGACCCGGCACAGUGUGCGUUUACAUGAUUUUUCUUGCUUUUUACCCAUAUAUUGUUUUUUGAGAUUCUUGUAUUUUUUAUGUUCUGGAUAUAUGAUUUCCUGAGGCUGGGAGCUAACCAAUAUGGAUGUCAAACAUUUGGCAGAGGAGGAAGUGAAGAUUGAGCCGGAGCUGGUGGAGGGGAUGGAUGUCACCACUCGAUCCAAAGGUCCUGCUGUUGCAUAUCCAGAGGGAUUAUCGCAAGAACAUGGAGACAGUCAGCAGUCCAACCCGGGCUCAGGGCAAAAAAGGAAGAUUUCCAGCCCCCAGCACUCAUCCAAUGGGCACUCUCCUCAAGAUGUAUCCGGCAGCCCAAGUAAAAAGAAGAAGAAACCGGGAAUGUUAAACAGUCACAACAAAGACCAGGAAAUCACAAAUUAA